GAUGUAUCGAAUAUAUAACGCAAUUCGCACUAUAAAAAUUCCCUUUACACGAUCAAAACGUUUGUCAAGUUCAUUUUGUGCAAGAUCUCAUACAUGUGGGGAAUUGAAUGACUCAAACGUUGGUGAAAGAGUUACUCUUUAUGGGUGGGUACAAUUUCAAAGAAUGAAUAAAUUCUUAACACUUCGAGAUUCAUAUGGCUCAACACAAGUUAUCUUACCUCCGAAAUUUGCAAAGCUAAAGCCUGAAAGCGUAGUUAAAGUUAGUGGUUCUGUUGCUAAACGACCAGAAGGUCUAAGCAAUUCCGAUAUGAAAACUGGGAAUAUUGAAAUAAUUGCUGAUGAUGUUGAAUUGUUGAAUGAAUGUCCGCAAACUCCAUUUUCAGUACAUGAUAAUAGGAAUGUUAACGAAGAUACAAGGCUUAAACAUCGAUAUUUAGAUAUUAGAUCUGCAGAAAUGCAAAAGAGAUUGCGAAUGAGAUCAAAACUUCUCUUUAAAAUGAGAGAAUUUUUAUGUGAAAAACAUAAUUUUGUUGACGUCGAAACACCGACGCUUUUCAGGAAAACGCCUGGAGGAGCCAGAGAAUUUAUUAUACCAAGCCAUACCGUACCAAAUCACUUCUAUUCUUUACCGCAAAGCCCCCAACAGUUUAAGCAGCUUCUUAUGGUCGGCGGUAUAGAUAGGUACAUGCAAAUAGCAAGAUGCUAUAGAGAUGAGACAACUAGGCCUGAUAGACAACCAGAAUUCACACAGCUUGACUUGGAAAUGUCCUUUGUCGAUAGCGAAAAUAUAAUGAAUUUAACAGAGGAAAUGCUAAAAUACUCUCUGCCAUUUGAACUAGAGACGCCUAUUCCUAGGUAUGAUUAUGGUCAAGUUAUGAUUGAUUACGGAACAGAUAAACCGGACUUGCGAAUACCUUAUAAAAUAGAAAAUAUUCCUCAAAGUAUGCCAAAAAUCAAGCAUGAAACAAUAAAGUUCAUUAAACUUGAAGGAGCAACGAACUAUUUAGAGGAGCCCCAAUUAAAAGAAUUAAUGAAGUAUGCAUCAGAUUUUCAAGGACGUGAGUUUAGAAUUCUUCAAACAAAUGAUGCUCAGAAUUCUAUACAUAAGAUAUUUAACUCUAAACCGGAAGAUAUAAUUCUUAUGGCAACUGGUUCAGUGCCUCAAGUUUGCAGUUUAUUAGGAAACUUAAGAGUUGCUUCAGCUGACCUUCUUGAAAAAAGCGGUUGUAAAGUUCGAAGUAGUGAUUAUCGUUUUGCUUGGAUCAAAAAUUUCCCGCUUUUUGAGAAAAAUGAUGGAAAGUUUGAAUCAGCUCACCAUCCAUUCACCGCUCCACAGGAAAAGGACGAGCAUCUAGUUUAUACCGAUCCAAUAAUGGCCCGAGGUAAUCACUACGAUCUUGUUUUGAAUGGAUUCGAAGUUGGAGGUGGUUCGAUAAGAAAUCAUAAGUCAACAUUACAAAGAUAUAUCAUUGAAGAAAUUUUAAAGGAGGACAGCAAAACGUUAGAUCAUUUAUUGACAGCCCUAGAUAUGGGUGCUCCUCCUCAUGGAGGUAUAGCUUUGGGUCUCGAUAGACUAGUUGCAGUUCUCUGCAAUGUUACAAGUAUAAAGGAAGUAAUUGCUUUUCCAAAGACAAACGAAGGUCGCGAUUUAAUGUCAUGUUCCCCUGCUCCAUUAUCUAAAGAAGAUGCAGAUUAUUAUUUGAAAGACUAUAUUUCAAAGAAGCAGUCAGAAAAACCGAAUACAACAACAUAG